AUGAUCAACACGCCGCCCCCGACGCCGCCGCCCCCAACUGCCGUGAAGGCUCCCGGGGAAUUGACGUGGUGCAAACCAGCCGUGAUGACACAUCCGCCAGAGGGCAAAACGAACACUGUGGCGACAACGACAGAGGAUCACCAGGAGGAACCACUCCGAUGGCGCCGCCCACGGUCGCUGAGAAAGCGGCUGGCACAGGGCAGUGGCGCAAAACGACGAUUUUGCGGCACUCUCCUGGGGAUCAGCCACCUGCCGAGUCAUUCACAGUCGGCCCGACGCCACCUCACGCACAACACCACGGGCGUGCCACUCACGCACGCCAUGCACAUCACCAAGGGCGUGCCACUAACGCAAGCCACGCAUGUCACCAAGGACGUGCCCGUCACGCACGUCAACAAGGGCGUGCUACCCACGCCAGUCAUGCACGUCACCAAGGACAUGCCACCCACGCCACCCACGCACAUCACCAAGGCCAUGCCAGUCACGCACGUCAACAAGGGCGUGCUACCCACGCCAGUCACGCACAUCACCAAGGGUGAGCCACCCACGCCAGUCACGCACGUCAACAAGGGCAUGCCAGAUACGCACGUCGCCAAGGGUGUGCCACCCACGCCAGUCACACACAUCACCAAGGGUGUGCCACCCACGCCGGUCACGCAUGGCACCAAGGCCGUGCCAGCCAUGCCGGUCACGCACGGCACAGGGGGCAUGAAACUUCCGCCCGCUGCGCACGUCACAGGGGGCCUGCCACUUCCGCCCACCGCACACGUCACCAGGGGCGUGCCACUUCCGCCGCCACGCCUGCCACUGAGGGUGCGCCACUGCCGCCCGCCACAUGCGCCACUGAAGGCCACACCACCGCCCGCCACUGAGGGUGCGCCACUGCCGCCCGCCACACGCGCCGCUGAAGGGGCCACGCCACCACCUGCCACUGAGGGUGCGCCAAUACCGCCCGCCACACGCGCCGCUGAAGGGGCCACGCCACCGCCCGCCACUGAGGGUGAGCCACUGCCACCCGCCACAAGCGCUGCUGAAGGCACCACACCACCUCCGAACGCCACGCGUGCCACUUUGGGCGCUACGCCUGCUGCUGAAUGCGCCGCGACGCUGCCGCCGCCCACCUUGGCCGGCUCCAUGGCGACAGGUGCAGCCCACAAAGGCACCACUACGCCGCCGCCCACCUCGGCCGCCCCCAUGGCAACAGGAGCAGCCCACGCGCACACCACGAUGCCGCCGGACACACCAGUUGGUCCUAGUAAAGGCGAGGUGCGAGACAGUGAGGCCGCGACGCAACCCACCUCGAGUCCUGCCAACGCCGCCAACCAGUGGAUCAAGCUCCACAACCCACACCCGGAUGGACAGUGGGACAGGGCCCUACGUUGCCGGUACUGCCGAGAAGACGCGUAUCACUGGCAUGCGAUGUGUCCUACCCAGGCCGCGCUGUGGCAGAACAACCGGCCGGACAGGACGCCGCCGGGAAAUGCCAACUAG